AUGCGGGAUCAGCUAAUAGGCGUAAAACUUAGUGCUGGGCCUGACAAACCAGACAUUAGGUUAGAAACAGCUCUGCCCAUGCCACGUCCACCAGGCAAUGGCGACAACAAGCACACAAAGAGUGAUAAGAUAAUUCUGUUGUGGAAUUCGUUUUGGGACAUGCCAGGCUGGGGCAUUGGUUUAGGAGGCGAACCAUUCCAGAGACUUCGUUGUCCUGUAAAAAACUGUCAAAUUUCCGAGGACAGAAGCCGACUGAAUGAAUCAGACGCCAUUUUGUUUCAUAUUCAUCAGCUGAAAGCAGACGAUCGACCUCGUUUUCGAUUUCCCCACCAGAGGUGGGUGUUUUGGAUGCUUGAAAGCCCUGGAUGGUCUCAUAAUUACCAGUAUCAAAAAUGGAACGGACUUUUCAAUUGGACCAUGACGUACCGUUUAGAUUCAGACGUGCGUCUUUACUAUGGUCGUUACUGGGAACGCCCUUCCGUCCUUAAGAGAGAUCUUAAUGAAGUGGUUAAGUCAAAAAGCCGCUUGAUUGCCUGGAUAUCCAGUAAUUGCCAGACUCACAGCAGACGAUUUGAAUACGUCACUGAACUUGAAAAAUACAUCCCCAUAGACAAAUAUGGACGCUGCGGGAACAUGACUUGCAAAAAAGAAUGGGAUAAAGAUGAUCAAGCGUGUCUCAAGAUGGUCGGCCGAAUGUACAAGUUUUAUUUGAGUUUCGAAAACGCUUUCUGUAAAGAUUAUGUCACGGAAAAGUACUUCAAGAUAAUUCCGUUAGACACCGUGCCCGUGGUGAGGGGUGCUGCCGAUUACUCCAAAUUUGGCCCGCCUCAAUCGUAUGUAAAUGCAGCUGAUUUUCGUUCGCCUAAAGAACUGGCGGGAUUUUUAAUAGACCUGGAUAAAAAUGACACCAAGUACAUACAAUAUCUGGAGACCAAAAAUAAAUUUGAUGGUACUGGAUAUUUCGGGGUUAAAUGGCUGCCAUCUUGGUGUGAAUUGUGCGCAAAACUAAACAAUGACAGUGAACCGAGGAAGACAUAUGAGAGAAUUGAUAAAUGGUGGAGCCAGUCUGACUGCGCCGCUAAGAAUGACAUUAGUAACGGCGAAUGA